UACUCUUCAUUAUUGUGAACGCGAAAUAUACACCGUUGUGAAUGUUUCCUUUUGUUCUAUCCGGUUCUUUCAUAUUUUAACUUGAGGGGAAUCUGUAGAGCCUUCCCACUAUCAUUAAUAAACACUACUAUGGCAGAACGUGCCCGAUAGCGAAGCUAAUGUGACUAAUACAGACCGGAGACGCUAGGCCAUAGGACAAGGAAAGCUCGCUGGUCAUCGGUUUGGUGAUAAACUGGUUGCACAAUGGGGGAAAGCUCUGGCCUACAAUAUGUGAGCUCUUAUGCAUUUGAAGCAAUGCAGAAAGUCGAUGUGGUUCGGCUGGCUGCUCUGAGUGACCCUGAACUUAGACUUCUGCUCCCUUGCUUGGUUCGCAUGGCCUUAUGUGCACCAGCGGAUCAGAGUCAGAGAUGGGCUCAAGACAAGAAGCUGCUUCUUCGCCUUCUUUCUGGGGUAGAGGCCGUAAAUGCCAUAGUGGCCUUGCUGUCGGUGGAUUUUCAUGCGUUAGAGCAAGAUGCUAACAAAGAACAACAACUAAGACAUAAGCUUGGUGGCAGCAGUGGGGAAAGCAUCUUGGUGUCACAGCUUCAGCAUGGUCUCACACUUGAGUUUGAACACAGCGAUUCCCCUCGUCGUUUGAGACUUGUACUAAGUGAACUACUAGCUAUAAUGAACAAGGUCACAGAAUCAAAUGGCGAAUUUUUCCUAAAGUCAUCAGAGCUGUUUGAAAGUCCUGUACAUAUGGAAGAAGCUGCCGAUGUUCUUUGUAUUUUGCAAGCAGAAUUACAUUCUCUCUUGCCAAUUACUGAUAUGGCUGAAGCACUACUUCAUGUUCGCAAUGGAGCAUGGUUUCUAUGCUUACUUGUCGCCAACGUUCCCGAUAGUUUUAAUGAAGUCUGCAGGAGCUUGAUAAAGAAUGGAGAACGUCAGGAUGAAGAGAGCAUUGGAGGAAGGCGCAGAACUGAAGCUUUACGUCAGUUAUGCAGGAUGAAUCCAUCUCAAGCCCUCAGAGUUCGAGGCAUGGUGGUAGAAGAAUGUCAUCUUCCAGGACUUGGUGUGGCCUUAACUCUGGACCAUACCAAAAAUGAGACAGGGGAUGAUGGAGUAAGCAACAUGGUGUGUUUUGUGAGUGGACUACUCCUUGGGACAAAUGCAAAAGUCCGUACAUGGUUUGGAACUUUCAUUCGAAAUGGACAACUGAGAAGAAGAGAGAAUAGCAGUUCUGUGCUGUGGCAAAUGAGAAGGCAGCUCCUCAUGGAACUGAUGGGUAUUCUACCAGCUACAAGGAGCAUGCAUCUGGCAGAGGAAACGGACACAGACGGAAAUCCUGUUGUGUCAACAUACACUGUUCUGAAAGAAGAACAUGUAGUGAAAGCCAGUGCACUUUUACGACUCUACUGUGCCUUGAUGGGAAUCGCUGGCCUGAAACCGACUGAUGAAGAGGCAGAGCAAGUCCUACAGCUCAUGACAAGCCGUCCACCUGCAACUCCUGCAGGUGUGCGUUUUGUGUCGCUCUCUUUCUGCAUGCUACUGGCUUUCUCCACACUUGUCAGCACCCCAGAGCAGGAGCAGCUUAUGUUGAUGUGGUUAAGCUGGAUGAUCAAGGAGGAGGCCUAUUUUGAAAGUACUGCAGGUGUGUCUGCCUCUUUUGGAGAGAUGUUGCUGUUGGUUGCCAUGUACUUCCAUAGCAACCAGCUCAGUGCCAUCAUUGACCUGGUUUGCUCUACUUUGGGAAUGAAGAUUGUCAUUAAGCCAAGCUCUCUGAGUCGAAUGAAGACUAUUUUCACACAGGAAAUUUUUACUGAACAGGUUGUUACAGCCCAUGCAGUCCGUGUCCCAGUGACAAGCAACCUGAGUGCCAAUAUUUCAGGAUUUCUGCCAAUUCACUGUAUUUACCAACUGCUAAGAAGCCGAGCAUUUACAAAGCACAAGGUGUCCAUAAAGGACUGGAUCUACACACAACUUUGUGAAACAAUAACUCCUUUACAUCAGCAACUGUUGCCUCUUAUUGAUGUGUACAUCAAUUCUAUCAUCACCCCUGCAUCUAAGUCAAGCCCAGAAGCUACCAACAAACCAAUCACAGAGCAGGAAAUACUUAAGGUUUUCCAAGGUCUUGCUGGAGAAAAUUUACGUUCAAAUAAUCACCAUAAAAUCACAGCUCAGCUCCUGAUGCUUUACUAUGUCCUGUCAUAUGAAGAAGCCCUUUUGGCUAAUUCAAAGGCACUGGCUGCAAUGCAGAAAAAACCCAAAUCUUAUUCUUCAGCGUUGAUGGAUCAGAUCCCUAUAAAGUAUCUUAUUCGCCAGGCACAGGGACUACAGCAGGAGCUUGGAGGUUUACACUCAGCCCUGCUGCGUUUACUUGCAACAAAUUACCCUCAUCUUUGCAUUGUGGAUGACUGGAUUUGUGAAGAGGAGAUUACUGGAACUGAUGCGCUUUUACGGAGGAUGUUGCUUACUAGUUCUGCUAAAAGUCAUUCCUCUAAACAACUUCAGGAGGCAUUUUCAUUGCUCCAAAGCAACCAUACACAACUUAUGCAAAUUUUAGAGCAUUUGACAUUGCUCAGUGCCAGUGACCUCAUACCUUAUGCCGAUGUGCUCACUGCCAACAUGAGUCAACUGCUGAACAUCGGAGUGCCGCGCAGGAUUCUACAGACAAUAAACAGACUUUGGAUGACAUUAAAUACUGUCAUGCCGCGAAGGUUGUGGGUGAUGACUGUAAAUGCACUACAACCACCAUUAAAACUGGUUCGACGACACAAGUACACACAAAACGAUCUGAUGAUUGACCCUUUGAUUGUACUAAGAUGUGAUGCAAGAAUUCAGAGAUGCCCCCCUAUGAUAGAUAUUACUCUGCACAUGCUAAACGGCUACCUUUUGGCUUCCAAGGCUUAUCUGAACUCUUAUCUCAAAGAAACCGCAGAUCAAGAUAUUAAACCAUCAUCGAAUAAUACUUUGAGUUUAGCAGGCCAAGCAGAAAAUAUGGAGGUCACUAGAGACGAACUAAAAAAUGCACUUCUGUCAGCUCAGGAUAGUGCUGCUGUGCAGAUCUUGUUAGAGAUAUGCCUGCCCACAGAAGAGGAGAAAAACCAAGAACCCUCUUCAUCUCAAGCAGUGGAAGAUGAAGAGAGUCUACUGUGUAACCUCAGAGAGGUUCAAUGCCUCAUCUGCUGUUCACUACAUCAGAUGUUCAUAGCAGACCCCAAUAUUGCCAAACUGGUGCAUUUUCAGGGCUAUCCAUACCAACUACUCCCCCUGACUGUUGCUGGAAUUCCAUCAAUGCACAUUUGUCUGGAUUUCAUCCCGGAGCUUAUAGCUCAACCUGAACUGGAGAAGCAGAUUUUUGCUAUCCAGCUGCUUUCAUACUUGUGUAUUCAGUAUGCGUUGCCUAAGUCUCUCAGUAUGGCUCGCUUAGCCAUCAACGUUAUGGGAACACUGCUUACAGUCUUAACUCAAGCAAAGCGAUUUGUAUUUUUCAUGCCAACACUACCAUGUUUGGUAUCCUUCUGCCAAGCUUUCCCUCCAUUGUAUGAGGAUAUUAUGUCCCUACUUAUACAGAUUGGACAGGUUUGUGCAUCAAACGUGGCUACUCAGACAAGAGAUGUUGAUCCAAUAAUUUCACGUCUGCAGCAACUGAAAGAAAAGCCAAAGGAAUGGUCUAGUGGAUUCAGCCUUUCACCAUUGUCAAGUGUAGUGAAGGACACAGAAAGCUUGGACCCAGAUGUGCACUUAUGCCAGCGUGUUGAAAAUACAAUAAUUGAAAUCAUUAACAUGAGUGUUACAGGAGUAUAGCAAUUUUCUAAUUCUUGUUGUCCUGUAUGAUAUCCAAAUAAGCAUUAGAAAUGCUGUGGUUAAGAAGCAAGUAGCUGAAAACUUGAUGUCCUUAUGGAUUUUGUUGUAAAUUAUCUUGUUUAUGAAUAGAAAGUGGGAAUUGAAAAUGGCCUUUGUUUUAUUAGGAUACUCUAGCACAACUGGAAAACCUUUAAAGGAAUGAUGUCAUAUAGGGAUAUUAUUGACUAAACUCGUUGGAGAAUAUUUUUAAAUAAAUUACUAUGUAUUUUUCAGA